AAGACCACUUAGUGCCGGUGGUUCCAGAUCCUCCAAAGGAGCAGAAGAAGCACCGUCGACCAGCAGCCGUCGGCGGUGGGGGAGGCAGGUUUUGCAUCCCAGAUCGAUCUGCAGCACAGCGGUUGGGAGACGCCGAGAGCUGGCCAGAGUGCAGCGACCCUGCAACAGUCGAAGAGAAGAUGGUUGGUGGUUUCUGACUCUUUGUGGCACAGCUCGCAGACAUCCUCGGACCGCAUAUGCUUUUUGAGGAGAUUCGCUUUGGAGUGCACUCGAUCCUUGGCAACUAGCCAGCCAAAUAGGCGCACCUUGUGUGGCGCCUUGGCACUCCAGAAUUGGGCUUGGACCGGGCACCGAGUCCCAGCAAAGGUCAGCAGCUUGUAAAUGGAGGAAGUGAGAGCCUUCUUGUCGACGCAGUCUCGCAAAACACGAGCAUCCUCGUCAUGAUGGAGCGACGGGAUUUCGGCAAGUAGGAGCUCCAUCUCACUCGAGGCCACGGAGGAUAGCCUUGGAGCGAGGUUAGGCCGCAGUCCACCAUCAACGACCUCCUGGACGGUGGCAAGCGGCUGGAUGGAAUGAGAGAACAAGGCAGGCAGACGCGUCGCAAGGGCGCCGCCCAGCCCCCAAUCGUCGAGCCAGAAGGCAGUCUUCCGGCCAUCACCAAGCCGCACCUUGGUCAGGUCACGGAAGAGCGGGAGCAGCUGGGCGACGGGUCAGGAGGGCAUUCUUGUCGUCAGCUCCGGCAAAUUCCCUCCAAAACCAAGUGGCCCAAGCGGAUUGCAUGGGCUGGUGCAGUCGGUGAAGGAGCUUGACGAGCAGGCUUUUGUUUUAACCAGUAAUGCAUUCCAGCUAGUUCCGUUCAUAUUGUAUUUUGAGUUUUUUUUUACAUAGGUUUCGGUAAAUUUGUGGUUCUGUGAAAUUCGCUAAACAAAAAAAGAUCGAUGCGCAUCCGGACGUCCCCCAAAUCCGGCGAACCAAAGUCCUAGCGCCGCGCCCGGAGAUCGCCCGCCGCACUUAUCCGCCGACGUCGCCGCUCCACUUCACGCGCGGCGGCCGCCGUCGCUCCUCCUCGUAAAUACAUCCCUGAGGAAUACCAUCUGACCACCUCAACAUAUAAUCCGCGUUCGCCCAGACGAAACUGGUGGAGCUCUCCAUAGCGGAACAAAGCCGAUCCAGCAAGAGACGCGCCAUGGCCGGGGACCCGCGACUUCCCGGCGGCAUCGACCGGAUAAGCGGCCUCACGGACGACCUGCUCGGGCACAUCCUCUCCUUCAUGCCCGUCUGGGAGGCUGUGCGCCUGUCCGCGCUCUCCAGGCGGUGGCGGGGCGCCUGGGCCCACGCCCCCGUCCUCAACAUCUCCGAUAAGCAGCACCCGGACCGGUUCCUCGACUUCGCCGGCGCGGCGCUCGCGCGGUACGGCCAGCCCGACAUCCCGUCCCUCGCCGUGACCAUCGGUCGCCGGUCCAGUCUCGGCCCCGCCACGGCCGCUUGGCUCCGCGGCGCCAUGGAGCACGUCGUCGGAUCUAUCCGCGUCCAGGUGGACCGGCACACCCCUCCGCUGGAUCAGCUGGUUCUGCCACGCAGCCUGCGAGCCACGGCCAUGGCCCUGGACUUGAGCGGCGACGUCCUCUCCAAAGGCGUGCUCGUCCUCCCGGAGCCUGCCGAACCUGCCCCUUUCCGGCGGAUGACAGAGCUGAGCCUCUCGAGCGUGCGUCUGCAGGUGCAGCCAGACAGGCUUGGCGAGUUCUUGUCGUCAUGCUUCCCCCAGCUGAGGAAGCUGCGCCUUCGCAAAGUUUGCAAUGUGGCCGCGGAGCCGAGACUCUGGCCACUGAUGCUCGAUAUGGACAUGCUCGAGCUGGAGGUCGACAGCAUCCACCAACUAACGGUGCUGCAGGUAGUGGCUGCCAAACUCCGGCUGCUGAUCGUGAGACACUGCUUCGAGAGUCUGGCUGUGCUCCGCGCCGACAUCGUGUUCAAGGUCUUCGCGCCGGGGCUGGAGGUGAUCAGCUGGACCGGCUGGUUCCCGAAGCAGCUCAACUUCCUACCCGACGCGCAAUGUGUACGCCGACUGUCCGGCAUCAUUGUCAACUGGCCCAGCAUAUCGUGGGCUGACUACUGUUUGCCGGGUGUCAUGCAGUUGCUCGAGACAUGCUGUGGAGCUGACCGGCUAGAUCUUUGUGUCGACAUCUAUGAUGGAUGGGUUCCAUCCAUGGUAUCAAAACAGGAUUUCAUGGAACGCAUGCCACACCUUCCCAACAUCAGGACACUCUCCCUGACGAUCGUCGCGAUUCUCCGAAUGCUUCGCUCUCCAAUUGGUGAAAUUGUCUUCUGCUUCCUUAGGCGAUGCCCGAACCUAACUCUGCUUCACAUCGACCUAUCGACGCUGCACCAGUUUACAAGGCAGGAUCCGCGUUAUCUUGUGUUUCCGGAAGAUGAUGCUGAAACUAAAGCUGCAAAGCCAUGUCAAGACCGCGAAUAUGAUCCGCGUAAAGCACACAAAUACCAAUUGCGACUAGGCUCUCUUCGAAAGAUAAGAAUAAGUGGCUUUGCCGGAACGGAUGCUGAGAUGGAGCUCGCCGAUCUUCUUUUCGGAAUUGGAGCCGAGCGGUCGGCGCUCGAGGGGAUAUCUAUAUCAUCAUUUGCACAGCUGAAGGGUCGCAUUGGCAGGAUCGCCCAGAAGAUGAGGGCACGGUUCCCUCUUGUAGGAGGGCGCUGGGAAAUCUCUUCCUUGGAAGAGAGCACGUGGACGAAGAACAAUGAUGGCCUGGAAAGAUCAAAUGCUCUUAGAUCAACAACCAUAAUGUAGUUGCAGAUAUAUAUUGAAUUUACUACGUAGCACCUAUGAUCAGUUGGUGCUUCCGUUCAGUUUUGCUUAAAUUCAGAUUCUAUCUCAGCAUGUGACAGGUUGUAUUGUCUUGCAUAGAAAAUCUUGUGAAAUUCCUGUGUUGCAA